AUGUCGCUGCCGGCGCGCGCGGCGGGUGAACCGAGUCGCGCGCAGGCGCCUGCGUCGAGAGCGCCGCCGACGCUGCCUGGCGACGCGCGGCCGAAGCAGCGCCCGGAGGGCAUGUCCCGUGAACUCUACGCGCUGCUGGGCCCUAACGCGCCGAGUCUGGUCAUGUCGGGCAUGGCGGCACCGGAUGAGCAGGCUACUGCGCUGCCAUUUCAGCCGAAGUUUCAGCGCAAGUCGUUGGCGUCCGUGCGCAAGUGGGCUUGGACGCCUUUCCGGAAUCCGGCUCGGGACGACACGCCGUCGAUGAGCGGCGAGCCUAGUGCAGACGAUGCCAUGCUGACCGACGCACCAGCACGUCGCGGCCUUGUGCUGCAUCACUGGAAACCUGUGCCUGUGGGUGGUGGCGUCGACGACGAGGCGGACGACGACAUUGCGCUGGACGAUGCAUGGGCGCCCUUCAAUACAAGCUCGCAAGUGUUUCACUACACGACCGACGAAUAUACCCAGCACUUGCAGGAUGCCGACUGGACGCGCGAAGAAACAGACUACUUGAUAGAGAUGUGCGAUGCCUACGACUUGCGGUUUAUUGUCAUUGCCGACAGGUACGAGUGGCCCGGCAAGCAGCGCUCGAUGGAAGACCUGAAAGCACGAUACUAUACCAUUUGUCGACGCCUGCUUCGCGAGCGGAUCAGCAACGAGGACAUCGAGACGCGCCACAACCAGCUGCAGACGUAUGCUUAUGACAGGCAGCAGGAGACGGAGCGGAAACGGGCGGUGCAGAAACUCUUUUCACGCACACCCGAGCAGCUCGCGGAAGAGGAGGCGUUGUACGUGGAAGCACGGCGCCUAGAGCAGAAUGAGGCCAAGUUUGCGAAGGAGCGGGCGGAUCUGCUCCGUUUGCUCGGCAGCUUUGACGACGUGCCCACCUGCUCGCCCGCGACGGUGGCCGCUGUCGGCGCGGGCCUCAUCUGGCCCGGCUCUGGAUACCAGGAUGCUCCUGCGGAAGACAAGAAAGCGAAGCGUCGUCGUACAGAUGCAGCUGCGUCGCCGUCCAAAUCCAAGAGCGAUGCUAAGCAGGCGCUCUUUGAUGCGCAGCACUUGAUCACGCGCUUCUCCACGAGCGGUCCAGAAGUGCUCCGGACGCCGUACCCCCACCUGAUGGGCACGCCGUCGGCCUCGCCGCCCGUCGUCCAGAGCGCGGCCGGGACCAAGUCAGAAAGCUCCGCGCACCACGGAGCCUACCUGCGGUCCACGCGCAUGCUGACGUUCCGCCCGAAUCAGUACGCUCGUAUGCUUCAGGCAUUGGCUGAGCUGCAUCCGCCGAUCGGUGCGCGCCUCGUCUUUCCCACCGCUACGAACGUUGAAAAGUGGGAGACGCUCUUGGGCGCCGUCGCUGGCGACCUCGAGGUCAAAAAGCAGUUGGAUCGCGUCGAGGCCGAGUACCAGGUUGUGCAGGCGCGGCUGGCGGCCGCCGAGGCUGGGGAGCAGCCUCCUGCGUCAUGA